AUGUCUGAAAUAAUACAGAAACAUGUCAUCAACAAAAGAUGGCGCCUCGAUGGCCUCAUCGGCCAAGGAGGCUUUGGCAGCGUCUACAUCGCAACCGACCUCGAAACAAACCAAAUCGUCGCCGUCAAACUCCAAAACCUCCCCCCAGGUACAUCCUCACCCUCUCAAAUGGAUAACCUCGAAAGCGAGUCCUUCUACUACACCCUCCUCCGCAACAACCCAGGCAUCGCAACCCACCACGAGAACGGCCGUCAAGAAAAAAUCGGUCGUCAAGCCGCCCACGAGUUCAUGGUCUACGAGCUCCUCGGCCCGUCACUCCAGACCCUCUUCUACCGCUGCAGGAAAAAAUUCUCGCUCAAGACGACGCUCAUGCUGGCGGACCAGCUGCUGGAGCGUCUCGAGUUGUUUGACUCGCACAAUAUUGUACAUAGGGACAUUAAGCCGGACAAUUUCGUCAUGGGCUUUGGUAAAGAGAAUGGGAAGAUGGUUUAUAUCCUAGACCUUGGUCUAGUUGGUGAGUAUACGAAAGACGAAGAGGUUGUUGCUGCGCCUAGCUAUGCAUUUUGCGGCACUUAUUAUUGGGCACCUAUAGCAGCUCACUUGAACCGUUCUCAAUCUCCCAAAGACGAUCUCGAAUCCCUCGCCUACAUGCUCAUCUACUUCGCCAGCGGCUCCCUCCCCUGGCAAGGCUACGCCAACGAAAAAGAAAACACAGCCCUCUUGGAUCAGCGCGUCGCCCGCCUCAAGCUCGGCCUCCCCAUCAAACACAUCUGCAAAGGCUUGCCCUCCCCCUUCGCCCGACACCUCAUGUACGCCCGCUCGUCCAAGUACAACCACAAGCCCAAGUACGCCGAGCUGAGGGCAAUGUACAGAAGGCUGAUGAAGCGCCUAGGAUAUAAGUACGAUGGCGUCUAUGACUGGGAUUUGUUGGAGGAUGGUAGUAGCAACAACAUGCAACAUGGCCCAGAGAUUACCUUGGUACAUGGCAGCGUGCAGCAGUACAAAGAACUGGCGGUGGACUCAGAGCUCACAUUGGUAAAUGACAGCCUUCCGAUGAAAAAGAUGAAAGAGGAAGACGAAGACUACAAACCCCCCGCAAAAAAGAUCAAGGGAAGACCCAAAAAGGCAGCAAAACCUCGCGCGAAAAAGGUCAAGGAGGAACAAAAAGCGCAGGAGGAAGAGACAAAGCAGCAAGACAAGGAACCCGCCAAGCCACAGCGAAAACCCAGAAUCAUAUUCAUCAAAAAGAAAAAGAGCGAAAGCCCUCCUCCUCCGAGAACACGCCGAGGCAAACUUGCCCAGGUAGUGAAGAAGCCAAAGAAGGAAAAGAAGGAAAAGGUUGUUGCGAAGAAAACGGCUGCGAACAAGGCUGCAAUCAAGGUCGUUGUCAAAAAAGCGCCAGCAAAGAAACCCCUUGCCCGGGCCUAG